AUGAUCUCUAUCCUUCGCCACCUUAAUGAAGUACUAAAAAGCGAGUACCUAACGGUUGAAGAUCCAUCAGCCCUCUGGAAGGCAUUGAGAAAUAGAUACAAUCACCAGAAAACGAUGAUUCUUCCAAGGGCUCGUUAUGAGUGGACACACAUGAGGAUCCAGGAUUUCAAGUCGGCUACUGAGUACAACUUUGCAAUGUUCAGAAUUAGCUCCCAGAUGAAGCUUUGUGGGGAGAUCAUCAUUGAGGAAGAUAUGUUGGAAAAGACUUUCAGCAUUUUUCAUACCUCUAACUUGCUCUUGCAGCAGAAGUAUAGAAAGCGAGGCUUUACAGAGUACAACCAACUGAUAUUGGUGGUCCUUGUGGUUGAACAAAAUAAUGAGCUUCUAAUGAAAAAUCAUCAGUCCCGACCUAUUGGAUCGGCGCCAUUCCUAGAAGUGAAUGCUGCUUCACUUGAAGUGAACACCAUAUCCUGUCAUGGCAAUAAUUACAAACAAAGACGUGGCCACAACCGAGGCUGGUGGAACAGGAAAGGCAAGAAUCAUAGUGUCUAG